CAGUAACAGCUGGUAGCUCAAGGAACAGAAACACUUUAUGUAUGGUGUCCUGUCAUAGCUGAAAUUAACUCAGGAUUUUCUGUCGUUAACGGUCUGCGUGCCACACAUUUACAGGAUUUAAAUUUUGUUCACUUCAUGGCCAAAGACAAUCCAGGGGUUUUCCUGAUUUUCGUAGCGCCGGUGGAGACUCAGUUCGCGGCUGGAGUGCCUUCCAUCUCCCUGCCUCUGUGAACCUGGAAGAGCAACGCCGCCUUGUGACAAGCAUCCAACAUGACAGGGGUUUGUGGUUGUUGCGGGGCGCUCAGGCCUCGAUACAAGAGACUGGUAGACAACAUCUUCCCAGAAGACCCAGAGGAUGGGCUGGUGAAGGCCAACAUGGAGAAGCUCACAUUCUACGCCCUGUCAGCUCCAGAGAAGCUCGACCGAAUCGGAGCCUACCUGUCUGAGAGACUGUCAAGGGAUGUUGCCCGACACAGAUACGGGUAUGUGUGCAUAGCCAUGGAAGCCCUGGACCAGCUGCUGAUGGCUUGCCACUGUCAGAGCAUCAACCUGUUCGUAGAGAGUUUUCUUAAGAUGGUGCGAAAGCUGCUGGAGUCAGACAAACCCAGUCUGCAGAUCCUAGGAACCAACUCUUUUGUGAAGUUUGCCAACAUAGAAGAAGACACACCAUCGUACCACCGCAGUUAUGACUUUUUUGUGUCGCGCUUCAGUGAGAUGUGCCACUCAAGCUACGAGGACCCUGACAUCCGCACAAAGAUCCGCAUGGCAGGUAUCAAGGGCCUGCAGGGUGUGGUGAGGAAGACUGUAAAUGAUGAGCUGCAGGCCAACAUCUGGGACCCUCAGCACAUGGACAAGAUCGUCCCCUCUCUGCUUUUCAACCUGCAGAGUGGAGAGCGCACAGAGAGCCGCUCCCCUUCUCCGCUGCAGGCGUCGGAGAAGGAGAAGGAAAGCCCGGUGGAGCUGACUGAGCGCUGCUUCAGGGAGCUGCUGGGACGAGCCGCCUAUGGCAACAUCAAGAACGCCGUCACGCCCGUGCUGAUGCACUUAGAUAACCACUCUCUAUGGGAGGGGAAGACCUUUGCAGUGCGUUGCUUCAAAAUCAUCAUGUACUCCAUCCAGUCGCAGCACUCUCACUUGGUAAUCCAGCAGCUUCUCGGUCACCUGGAUGCCAACAGCAAGAAUUCAGCCACAGUGCGAGCCGGGAUAGUGGAGGUGUUGCUGGAGGCAGCAGCCAUUGCAGCCAGCGGUUCUGUGGGUCCCACAGUGUUGGAGGUGUUCAACACCCUGCUGCGGCAGCUCAGAUUGAGUGUGGACUACGAGUUAACCGGCUCCUACGACGGCAGCACCAACAUCGGCACCAAGAUCAUAAAAGCUCAUGAGGAGAGGCAGCUGCAGGAGGCUGUCAUCAGGACCAUCGGUUCAUUUGCAAACACUCUACCAACAUACCAGAGAUCAGAGGUCAUGCUUUUCAUCAUGGGGAAGAUCCCUGUCCCCGGGAUUCACCCAGCUCUUCCCUCUACAGGCUCUGGGCCCGAGGGCACCAGGAUGAUUCAGGUUAUGUUACUCAAGUCCUUGGUCCAGGUGACAGCAGGUUUCCAGACCACCAACAUGCUGACGGCACUGCCCAGCUCGUUCCUGGAGCCGCUGCUGUCCUUCUCUCUGACAGAGGAUCCAGAGAUUCGGCUGCUGGUGCUCCAGAUCCUCCUCAGUCUCAUCGACAGGCAUGACAACACACCCAAGCUCUCCAACAUAAGCAUCAUCUCCGACAUCUCUGUGCUCAAGCUGAAAGUUGACAAGUGUUCCAGACAAGACAACCUAUUUAUGAAAAAGCACGGCCAGCAGCUGUACCGACACAUCUACCUGGGCUGUAAGGAGCAGAGCAGCGGUCCGCAGCACUACGAGUCCCUCUUCACACUGCUGGGUCUCAUCAGCGUGGAGCUGGCAAAUGAAGAGGUGGUGGUUGACCUCAUUCGCCUGACACUCGCACUGCAGGACCUGGCUCUGUCCACCGACGAGGCUCUCCCCGUUUAUAACCGCUGUGCUGUUCACGCCCUUGCCGCUGCCUACCUCAACCUCAUCUGCCAGCUCACCACCGUCCCAGCCUUCUGCCAGCACAUACACGAGGUAAUUGAGGUUAGACAAAAAGAAAGUCCCUACCUUUUGCCUGAGGAUGUCUUCGUUGAUAAUCCCAAGCUGCCGUCUUUAUUGGAGAAGGUAGAAGGGGAUGUUUUGUUCCUUCAGUCGAAGAUCACUGAGGUCCUUGGAGGCAGCGGUUAUAACACAGACAGACUGGCUACGCCUUAUGUCCCCCAGUAUACUGAUGAGGACCGUCUGUCCAAGAGAAAGAGCAUCGGAGAGACCAUCUCACUGCAGGUGGAGGUGGAAUCCCGAAACAGUCCAGAGAAAGAGGAGAGGACUCCAGCAGAGGAGAUCACAUUUGAAACCCUGAAAAAUGCCAUCGUGGACAGUGUGGGUAUGGAGGAGCAGGAGAGGGAGCGGAGGAGACAAGUGGUCGAGAAGUUUCAGAAGGCCCCCUUCGAGGAGAUAGCUGCCCACUGUGGUGCCAGGGCCACACUACUGCAGAGCAAACUAAAUCAGAUCUUUGAGAUUACAAUCAGACCCCCGCCAAGCCCAUCUGGAACCAUUUCAUCAGGUUACGGCCAAAGCCAGAGUCGAUCUGUACCCAUCUACGAGAUGAAGUUUCCUGACCUCUGUGUGUACUAAACCGAAGAGCGAAGUUACAGAACUAUUUAACAUUUAAAGGACAGGAAAGGGAUUUGGGAAGGGCAACCGAUCCUCACUGUAAAGGCGUCUUCAUCGUAGAGUCAAGCAACCACGGGGGAUAAGGAGACACUUGUUUGAAGCCAACUCAAGAACAAGCCACCUCCUCAUUAACUUAGUUCCUUUGCCCUGUGAUCGCAGCCAAAACAAGCAAAAAAAAAAACAACAAAAAAAAGCUAAUGUAACUAAAAACAGCAGUAAAACAAACAUUCAUUUCACGUAUUCCCUUCAUUUCUUCUUAGAUGUCUGUUGAAACUCCACUGGACGGAUUUUUAAAUUAGAAAUUGCCAAUAACUGUGAGGGAAAAUUUGUUUGUCCCAUACAGGUUGCCAUACUACCCUUAAUUACAAAAUUCAGCCGAUUUUGAUAUUUAAUAUUGUAUUUAUUUUGUUUGUUGAUUUUAUGGACAGGAAAAGCAUAAAUGAAUUAGAUGCAUUUUAAAUGACCCGACUGUAUUUUUGUGUAUAUUUAAUUGAAAUAUGGAUAGAUAAUACAUACAGAUAUGACGCUAACCCUUGCCAUCUGUUACUCAUCUUCUAAACAUCUGUCCCCGGUAUUUAAUGCUGUCUUUGUUUCGCCUUUUUUUUUUAGCUUUAGCCAAAAGUGCUUUUUCUUUGAUGACGGGCAUUUAUUUCCUGCACCUAGCUUUGUUUCUUCUUCUAAUGGUUAUUUUUGUUUUUAGCUGUGGUUUGAAUGAAAGAUAACUGUCCUUCCAAAUUGAGUGCCUUACAGGUCACUCAAGUUCAAACACACACAAAAACGCACACUGCACCACAGUCACGACGACACUAAACCUCCGAACAUCUCAAGUGUUUACUGUGACAUUUAUCCGAUCAAACACUAGAAGAUAAUUAAGGAUCCUUUAUUUUCCUCCUUUCCAUAUAAAUGUGUAUAUACAGAGAAAUAUAUAAAUCUUUAUGCUGAUGUACAGAGUAGGAUUGUUUUUGUGUGUGUAUAUAUAUUGUAUAUUCUAAUUUUAGACUGCCACUGCACUGAUUGUGUCCGUAGAGGGGAAGAACUUGGUGUUCAGAUAUUUAAGUAAAACCCUAAAAUGAAUAACCAGCAACACAUUGAAAUCAAAAAUGUGUACCUGAGAAGCCCAUAGUACAAAUCUGCACUGAACAAAAAAACCAAACACUUUUGUUUUUGCUCCCAUUUUUCACAGAUUUAAGUUUAAGAUUGAAGACUUUUUAAUGGACUGAGAUUUUCAUGGUAGAGUUACCGUUUUAGAAAUAUCACGGUUUCAGAGAAUACAAUUAUUAUCAGUUUCAAUGACACUUAAGGAAUGAAAACACAGGUUUCAUGAGCAAACUCUACUAUAAUUUAAACUUGAUCAUUUUUGAUGGAGGUAUGUUAUAAAAAAAGUCUCCCUUUUGAAAAUAACGAAAGAUUCUUCAUCAGGUUGCUUUUCUUUUUUUCUUCUUCUUAAAUACCAUAGAUAAAUGUACAUGCUAUAACUGUUCAUUUUCAUGUCACGGUAUACCAACCCUAGACUUAAUAAGUCUGUAUAAGUCUGUCGAAGAUUGGUCAAUAAUGUGUUAAAAUCUGUGUUUGUAAGCACUCCUAUACCAGGAUAAUCAUCCACACAACAAGUGUGGCAUAUCGAGAUUCGGAUUAAACAGCACUGUUACUAUUGUUACUCCCAGUUGUUACUAACUGAGAUGAUCACGAUUAAAGGUCACUCUGCAGUUUGAUCACACAACAAGAUGCCACAGAUGUCACAAGGUUUGAGGGAGUGCGCCAUUGGCACGCUGACGGUGUGACUGUCCAUCAGAGCUGUUCCCUGUGAACUGAACGUUUUUUUCACUACCAUAAGACGACUCACAUGUCGUCUCAGUGAAUUUGGCAGUACAUCCAACCAGCCUUAUAACCGCACAAGUCACUUACAGUUUGUGCAGAAGUUUUUCCGUUGGGCAAACCAAGGUUCAAGGUUUCUUUAAUUGUCUUCCUUGGACGAAAAUUUUUGUAGAUAAAGGGAAAUUGUUGCAUCAAACAUAGACAGACAUUACUGUUCAAAGCAUUAAAUAGAAACAAUAGACACAACACAGUAAAGAAAAAAACAAAUAUUUCAACAAUACGCUGUACGUGGAGGUCCUGAGCUGUUGUGGUUAAAAGUAGUCUGCGGUUGUGAGGCCGGUUGGAUGUACUGCCAAAUUCAUAGAAUCCUCAAUCCUCUUGCCAAUGGCACGCUCCCCUAAAAUUUGAAAAAUGUUGCAUUUUGUUAUGUGUUGAAACUGUAUAUUUUUUGGGUGUGUCCUGUUAUGUGACCAUCCUAAGGCACAACUUUUUUUUAGCAGCAUCUUGAUAUGCCACACGUCAGAUAAGUGGAUUAUUAGAAGUGCUCACUAAUGUUAACCUGUUAAAAAUGGGAGCAAAAACGAAGGUGUUGCGUUUAAACUUUUGUCCAGUGUUCAUCAUCUCGAGGCCAGUGUAUCACACUAGUGAAGUCUGAAAGUGUCCUGCUAAAGAAUUUAAGAACCUAAAAUAAUCAACUUGGUUGUUAGCCGCAGAUUUUGCAAAAGGUCUUAUCACCAGAAAAACGACCUUUAUUGUUGCCAUUACAUCCUCAAUCCUGCUGGAUUAAGUUUGCACUGUAUUUUUACGCCAUACUGCUGCUGCAGUGCACUUCUCUCAUUCAGAAAGAUUUAAAGUCUAAAAGCCAUUGUGUGCGCAUGUGUGCACAUACACACAGGUAUAAAAAGUAUAAUGGCAAUAAUUUGCCACUAGCCUGGCUAACACAGCCCAACUGUUGGUAGCAGAUCCUUUUGUGUUUUAAAUCGUACCUUCUGUUGUUGUGAUACCGUGAUGGUCAGUUUUGUGAUGUUGUAAAAGGGCCGACCCUCCAGCUCCUGCGCUUCUGUGAUUUAACUGCACCGGGUGUGAAACGCGCUGCAGCCAUCUUGUUUAAUGUAAGCAACAAGUGUCUGGUUUGUCCCCGAUUGUCAUGUGUUACAGUCCCGCUGGUUGCUUCAUUUUUGCAAUGUAGUGUCCUCUGUGUGUGUAUUCAUGUCCACCAAUGCCAGUGUAUCAUCUUUUUGUCAGUGCAGGUGAGCGUGUGUGUGAGUGUGUGUCCGUACGAACAUCCAUGUAGAUGUGCGUCUUUCUAUACAUUACCCAAGACCAAACUCUUCAAACACAGUUUACAGUCUUUGUCCAGUGACUCUUUCCACCACGUUAACGAAGAACAAGCUAUCUAAGAGUAAUGUGCAGCUGUCUAAACCUUCCAGUGACACUUUGUGUAAAACUGUCUUUUCAGCAUCUUGCAACCUCGCAGUGAAGACGUGUAAAUCUACCAGUGUGCUUGUUGUCAUUGCAUAGCGUGAUGUAAUACUAACUGACGGUAAUCCGAUCUUACUUUUGUCAUUACAUGGCUGGUUAAUAGAUCUGUUUACAAUGUAGUGCUGUAGGUCAAAUCUAUUCAUUCUGUGAACUUUGCACUUUAAAAACUGGAUUACCUAGUGACAAAGGCAGCUUUUACAUGGAGAAAAUGCCUUAUGAGUGUCAUACCUGACUUUGCAUGCUAGUGACGUUGCCGUGUUGUACAAUAAAUCUGUCUGUAAGCAGAAACUGUCUGAUCUUUUUGUGAUUUAUUUUGUUACUGAUGACAAAAACCUGAUAAAGAAGAAUGUUGUUUUUUAAUGUGAUCUGCCUGAGACACAGGAAGCUGCUGAGCGUCAUCAUGCAUCAUCAUGCAGAGUAUGAAAACAAUCUUUGACUCAAGACUGAAUAUUCGGUUUCCACAGCUGUGCUCAUAGUGUUAUUUUUUUAGUUGCUGUAAUAGACUGGCUUCUGUUACAUUACUUGCAUCAGUGCUUGUAUUGUGUGUUUGCCAUUCCCAUGACUGUCACCUGAUUGGAUAGUUUACCAGAAUUAAAUUCAGCAUGUGUA